AUGUUCGCCCGCCUCUCUACUGGUUUCUGUGUUCUCCUUGGCUUGACGGCCCUUCUGGAUGUCAACGCUGGACUGGGCAAUAAUCCAGAACCAGACCAUGACCCAGGCAAGAAAACAAAAAUCAACCUUGAGAAGCGUGCCGUGGUGGGCAACGAUCCAGAGCCAGACCACGACCCAGGCAAAAAAAUAACAGUCGACUUUCACAAGCGUGCCAUAGUGGGCAACAAUCCAGAGCCAGACCAUGACCCAGGCAAGAAAACAAAAAUCAACAUUGAGAAGCGUGCCGUAGUGGGCAACGAUCCAGAGCCAGACCACGACCCAGGCAAAAAAACAACAGUCGACUUUCACAAGCGUGCCAUAGUGGGCAACAAUCCAGAGCCAGACCAUGACCCAGGCAAGAAAACAAUAGUCGACCUCGAGAAGCGUGCCGCAGUGGGCAACAAUCCAGAGCCAAACCACGACCCAGGCAAGAAAACAACAGUUGACCUCGAAAAGCGUGCCGUAGUGAGCAAAAAUCCAGAGCCAGAGCAUGACCCAGGCAAGAAAACAGCUGUCGAGCUUGAGAAGCGUGCCGUAGUGAAGCCAUAG